AUGAAUGCAGAGAAAAAGCCCGAUGCUAAAACCCAGUAUGACGGGGCUACAGACUCGUCUCAUGGUUCCUUGGAGUCUCACAUCAGCCGUGACAACUCGACAAACGAGGUUGAGAAAAAAUCUGAACAUGUUCAUCGUGCCUUGUUAUCUAGACAUGUGCAGUUGAUUGCCAUAGGUGGUUCCAUUGGUACUGGAUUGUUUGUCACUAUUGGAUCAAGCGGAUUAGUUAAUGCUGGUCCUUUGGGUUUGUUAUUGGCAUACACCUUCUGGACGUUCAUUAUCUUGUUACUUACAACCGCAGUUGGUGAAAUGGUUUCUUUCUUGCCAGUGAGUUCUCCAUUUAUUACCAUGGCAGGACGCUGUGUAGACGAAGCUUUCGAGUGUGCCGUGGGAUGGAACUUCUUUAUCAUGCAAGCAUUAUACAUUCCUUUCGAAAUCACCGCAGUUAAUGGAAUGGUUCAUUUUUGGAGAGACGACUACUCACCUGCUAUCACCUUGUGUAUCCAAAUUUUCAUCUAUGCCAUGAUCAAUGUCUUUGCCGUGAGAUUAUACGGUGAGUCUGAGUUCUGGUUAUCUAUUGGGAAACUCAUCUUGUGUAUUGGGUUACUUUUCUUCACUCUUAUCACCAUGUGCGGUGGAAAUCCCAAAGGUGAUGCAUUUGGUUUUAGAAACUGGCAUAUUCCCGGUGGCCCCAUUGGCGAGUACGUUACAACCGGCUCUCUUGGUAAGUUCCAGGGUUUUUUGAAAGGUUUAAACAGUGCUUACUUUACGGUUGUUGGUCCUGAGUACAUGUCUAUGGUUGCUGGUGAGGCAGCACUUCCUAGAAAAACUAUGCCUACAGCCUAUAAGACAGUUUUGUACAGAUUGGCUUUGUUUUACAUUGGUGGUGCUCUUUCUGUGGGUAUCUUGAUUUCUUAUAAAGAUCCAAAGUACAUCAAAUUGACUGCAGACACCUCUAACGCAGCAUCUUCUCCAUACGUUGUGGCCAUGCAAAACUUGAAUAUUAAUGUCCUUCCUGAUAUCGUCAAUGCCGUUGUGUUAUCUUCAGCCUUUUCUGCUGGUAAUUCUUACACUUACUGUUCAUCAAGAGCACUUUAUGGUUUAGCCAACAGAGGUUUUGCACCCAAAUUUUUUACAUGGUGUACCAAGUCUGGAGUGCCAAUUUUCUGUGUGGCAGUUUCGAUUUGUUUCUCCAUGUUGUCAUUGAUGCAAUUGGGAGAUUCUGGUUCCAAUGUGUUGAACUAUAUGGUCAGUUUGUGUACUGGUUCGCAACUUUUGAAUUAUGGGUUUAUGUGCAUCACCUAUAUUUGUUUCUACAGAGCGACCAAAGCUCAAGGUCUUGACAGAAAGGCAUUCCCUUACACCUCGUGGUUCCAGCCUUAUUCCAUCUACAUUGCUACAGCAUUCAUUUGGAUGUCCAUUGGUAUUUUGGGUUACACCGUUUUCCUUCCUGGAUGGUGGUCCGUGGACAGUUUCUUGUACAACUAUGUGAUGAUCUUUGUUAGUGCUGCCAUCUAUAUUGCGUGGAAAGUGUGGAAAAGACCCAAAUUUGUCAAACCAGAAGAUGCCGAUUUGUUCACUGGCAUUGAAGAAAUUGAAGAGCAUGAAUACGAAUACUAUGCUAAGCUCGAGGGUGGUGAAAAUCAAGCACCAGAAAAUGCAUUCAAGCGGGCUUUACACUGGGUUUUUUAA